CACACAACUCCUCCACUUCCCCAUCACAAAAAAUAUAUUCUUCACUUCACAUCUUUUUGGCAAUCAAUUUUGUAAGCAAGUAUGGCUAAGGACGUUGAGGUUGGUGGUGAGUUCCAAGCCAAGGACUACCAUGAUCCUCCACCAGCUCCAUUGGUGGACGGGGAGGAGUUGACAAAGUGGUCAUUUUAUAGGGCUGUAAUAGCCGAGUUUAUUGCCACGCUCUUAUUUUUAUACAUCACUGUGUUGACAGUGAUCGGAUACAAGAGUCAGGUUGACCCUGAUAAGGGCAGUGACGAAUGUGGUGGUGUUGGCAUUCUUGGCAUUGCUUGGGCUUUUGGUGGGAUGAUCUUUAUCCUUGUUUACUGCACUGCUGGUAUCUCUGGAGGACACAUCAACCCAGCAGUGACCUUUGGGCUUUUCUUGGCUAGGAAGGUGUCCUUAGUUCGAGCCAUAUUUUAUAUGGCUGCUCAAUGUUUGGGAGCCAUUUGUGGAUGUGGGCUAGUGAAGGCAUUCCAAAAGUCAUAUUACAACAAGUAUGGAGGAGGAGCCAACAGCCUCGCGGAUGGAUACAGCACUGGAACUGGUUUGGCAGCUGAAAUCAUUGGUACCUUUGUCCUUGUCUACACUGUUUUCUCUGCAACUGAUCCCAAGAGGAAUGCAAGAGAUUCUCAUAUCCCUGUCUUGGCACCACUUCCUAUUGGAUUUGCUGUGUUCAUGGUUCACUUGGCAACUAUUCCAAUCACCGGCACCGGUAUCAACCCUGCUCGUAGCUUUGGGGCCGCUGUUAUCUACAACCAGGACAAGCCAUGGGAUGAUCAUUGGAUCUUCUGGGUUGGACCAUUUAUUGGUGCAGCCAUUGCUGCAAUCUAUCACCAGUUUAUCCUGAGGGCAGCUGCUGUUAAAGCUCUUGGAUCCUUCAGGAGCAGCUCUGCCAUGUAAUUAAGCAAAUCAUUCUCCAGCCACAAGUUUAAACAAAAAAAAAAGGGGGGGGGGUGGGUUGCCAUGGAGGAUUGGAUUAAGUUUUAUCAAUGUGGUCAAGAGGCUUUUUCAGACCACUCAAUUUGUAAAUUAUAAUGGAGGAUGUCAUGCUUUUAUGUAUGUGGCACUUAUUUUCAAUGUGCCCCAUCAUUAUCCCUGCUUUUCUUUCCUUUUUUAUGGUCUUUGUUUGUUUGGCUUGGUGUUUCUAAGUUAUCUUUGAAAAUUUUAUAAAAAUCAAGUACUUUGUGUUGCUUUA